AUGCCGCCCCAGACAAUGGAUCCCAGGAAUGGCAGCACAGUGACCGACUUUAUCCUUGUGGGCUUUGAACAGAGCUCCCCUUCCACUCGGGCAUUCCUCUUUGCUCUCUUCCUAGCCUUGUACAGCCUCGCCAUGGCCAUGAAUGGCCUCAUCAUCUUCAUCACCUGGACAGACCCCAGGCUCAACAGUCCCAUGUACUUCUUCCUUGGCCAUCUGUCCUUCCUAGAUGUCUGUUUCAUCACCACCACCAUCCCACAGAUGCUGAUCCAUCUAUUAGUCAAGAACCAUACUGUUUCCUUGGCCUCUUGCAUGGCCCAGAUGUACCUAGUCUUCUGUAUGGGUGUGGCUGAGUGCAUCCUCUUAGCCUUCAUGGCCUAUGACCGCUAUGUUGCCAUCUGCCACCCACUUAGUUAUGCCCAAAUCAUGAGUCAACAGGUCUGCUUGAGGUUGGUGGGUACUGCCUGGUUCUUUGGGCUGAUCAAUGGCAUCUUUCUUGAAUAUACAUCAUUCCGGAAUCCCUUCUGUAAAGACAACCAUAUAGAAAACUUCUUCUGUGAGGCCCCCAUAGUCAUCGCUCUCUCCUGUGGGGACCUCCUCUUCAGCAUGAAGAUAUUCUUUGCUGAUGCCAUUGUGGUGCUGCUCAGCCCCAUGGUGCUCAUUGUCAUCUCCUAUGCCCGAAUCCUGGCCUCCAUCCUCAGUAGAGCCUCCUCCUCUGGUCGAGGGAAGACUUUCUCCACUUGUGCCUCCCACCUGACUGUGGUCAUCUUCCUCUAUACCUCAGCCAUGUUCUCUUACAUGAACCCCCGCAGCACACAUGGGCCUGACAAGGACAAGCCUUUCUCUCUCCUGUACACCAUCAUCACCCCCAUGUGCAACCCCAUUAUCUACAGUAUUCGCAACAAGGAAAUGAAGGGGGCCAUGGUGAGAGCUCUGGGGAGGACCAGCCUGGCCCAAGCAGAGCCUGCCUAG